AUGAAUGAAAAAAAAGUGCAUAGGCUGAAAAAUAACAACUCAGAGAUACGGACCAACAUACGAGUGGUGCAGUCGAGCUGUAACGUUACAAUUGUCUCCAACAAUAAACAAGAUUGUGCUGAAUUUUUUCAAGAAUUUGAGAAAAAUUAUCACGAUAAUGAAUUAUUUCACUUAUUUCUGGAAGUGGGGAGUAAUUUUUUUGAUGAAGAUUUCAGUAAAACAUAUAGAAAGGACGACACUAUUGUAGUAGGUAGAAUCGAUGCUCACAGCAACAGCGAAAUUGAAGCAUUGUCAGAAUUUAACCCGUCUAGAGGCAUUAACAAGUGCCAUCUGAACUUCGGGAACGAUGACGAUGAUGACCAACCAGAAACUGACCACAAUAGCGAUGACGUAGAUGAUGACGUCAUCAUCGAACACCUACAGCAUCAUGAUAACUGGCUAACAAGGAUAUUAUCGACGACUCGAGUUUAUUCGCAGAUUCAACUUCAUCCAGACUUCAUAACUGAAGAAUAUCAAAAAUUAUUUCAAUCGGAUAAAAAUUUAUACAACAAUGUUUUUGAGAAAGGUCUAGUUAAAAGAGCUAGUAAAAUUUCCAUGGCUGCAAAGAAUAAGUCGUCACAUAGCCUCAAUGAUAUCGUUUCGUUUCCGAAAAUGGAUGAAAAAAUGUCUGAUGCUCUAGGUACAGAAGAAACUGAAAAAUUUAUAACAACAUCAUCAAAAGAUGUUGGUAGUUUUAACGAAGAACUAACCUAUACAGUAAGAAGCGAUCCGGUAAGAAGCGAUCCGGUAAGAACCGAUCCGGUUAGAACCGACCCAGUAAGAACCGACCCAGUAAGAACCGAUUCAGUAAGUAAUCGUCCCAAUUGUAAGUUAACAUCCAAAACCAAUCAAAAUUUGACAGAAAAAGUGAAUAUAAAAAAAUCUACAAAUAAAAAACCACCUCCAGCAAAAAUCUCAAAGAAACAACAAAAAACAAAAAAUCCAACAUUACCUACAAAGGCAAUAACGAAUAGAGGAUGUAAAAAUAAUUUGCAAAAAGUUCGACCAAAUUUUAAGCGGAAAUCUGGCAACGCGAACCGAUCAAACCCAUCUUUCGCGACAAAAUCAUCAUCAGCCAAUCAGACAUCCACCAAACACGACGACGGCGAGACAGGCACUAAAACUAAAACACCAGCAACGACAAAUUCAUCCAGCAAAACGGAUAAUUCCAAAAAAUACCAGCCAACAUCCUCUUCCUCUUCAAGUGAUUCUUCAAUAACGAUUGAAACCAGUGCAAGCGGGAUAACAUCCUGCAAAGCCGUAACCAACCAACCGGCCUCUGAAGCGACGAUGACGACAGAUGAUCUAACGCACGAUUCGAAAGAAACAACACCCCCAUCGUCUAACACAAAUUUCUGCUUAUCUAACGACUUGCCAUCAGAAUCAUCGGGCAAUUUGAAAGAGUCGGAGACAACUAUGAUCCCCUCAAAAAAGUCAUUACCAAAGGAUAGCAUAUCAGCGUUGACAUCCGAGGCAGACCAGUUCAUAGCAUCGAGCCUCUACGGAACAAUUGCAACGUCCAUUUCACUAACGUCCCAAGGCGUUGAUGAAAAAUUCGCAAUUAAAGAAAAUACAUUUGGCAAUAAUUUAAAUUUUGAGCAGAAUUUAAAAAAUGAUUUUCAGCAAAACAAAUCAGAUUAUGAUCACCAUCAGCUUUAUCUACACCAGAAACAGCAAAUUGCGAAUGGGAAUUUUGAGCAGCCGUUUAAAAAUGAUGCAAGUAUGCAUAAGUCGCUAGAACAACAACCACAAGUUAACUACAAAAAUGUUAACUCAGAAAAAAAUAAUCAAUAUUUAGAAAAUAUUUUCAAUCAGUUGAUAGGAUCCGAACUUGAAUGGAAGCAUAAUGACGACCGGCCACACAUCAGACAUCUACAAAAUCUAGAAAUUUCUCCACCGCCAUUGAUGGUCAGCAGCAGCAGCAGGAAUUUUAUCGAUAACAAAUCACCAACACCUUCACACCCUCACUUUCCUACCUCCUUCUCCGUGUCCCCAGAUCCAGCUGACAAAGUUCAAGAGCCAUCUAUAGAAUUGAUAAAAAAACAAUUUCAAACAAUGACGUCAUAUAGAAAUCAGCCAAUCGAACGAGAUCAGAGUUUAAAGAUCGUACGUAGCAAUCUAUCUCAACAGGAUCCAAUUAAAAAGUUGAACGUAUUCGAGGGAAAAGGAUUGGAUAUAUGCGAAGCUGUUACCUCCGGUCGGAAACUUACCAAAUCGGAUGGAGAUCCAGAAAACAGUGAUGGCAAGAAAUUAAACAGCAGCAUCUACGGGUUGAAUACGGAUUUUUAUUUUGACGAUGGGAGUAAAUUUUCUCCUGAUAUCAUCCAACUUCAUAAAAAUAACGAGUUUAAUGAAAAGAUUAUACCUGCUAGCAUCGGCAUAGUGAAGAAUGAUUGGGACGGCAAUGCCGACAACGAUGAUUUUAUCGAGCGUUUCUCAAAAAUUCACAGCAACUCAAUCAAUGAAGAUAAUUUUUUCAAUAAAAAGAAUUCACAAAUAACGCCAAUCCGAGACAUAACCGAUUGCAAUCCAAGAAAACAUUCCAACACCUCAGUUAACAGCUUACUAGCAGCUCAAAAAUCUUGCUCAACUUCUACCAAUUCCAAAUUUAAUGACUUCGACGACAUAUUCUCAAAACUUAAACAUAAAAAUAACUCUAUAAACGAUAAUAACGUCGACAAUGCUGAUGACUUUUUCGUCAACUACUUUGGUAAAAAUCAAGCGGUUAAAAUUGAAAAUGAUAUGGACAACCAACAAUUUUGUGAAAAUAAAGUUUACGGAUAUACGAUUGAUAAAAUUGAAAAACAAAUUUCAACCAGCAAUGACCAAAAAAUUGACCUGCUGAACGGCGCUGCAUUAAAAAAAUUAAAAAGCGCAUAUUCUAAAGCUCUAAAUCCAUCGCCGUCUUCAAAGACUCGUGCAAAAUCACUGAUUCCAUCUCUCAUACACGUACUCCCAACUUGUGGCGUAUCAUACCCUGACAACGACGUGGUAGCAAAAACAGCCACAGUUGAGACAUUGGAAGAUGGGAGAGCCCCAAAGAAUUCGAUAGAAAAAGAGACUUCAUCAUCGCAAAUAGUUCUAGUAAGAAGAAGUCCGGAUGCUAAACUGAACGAAAUUUCAAAAAAACCACCAUUGCCGCUGUCACCAAAUAGUUUGGCAUCACCGCCUAAAACAUUUUCAUUCUCGUCUCCUAUUGAAAAAGCCACGCAAAUGAAGAAACUCAAGCUAACUCUGGCAGAAGACAAAACAAUUUCUGAGACGAAAAUUUUUACAGAAUCAGUUGCAGCCGUCCAAACUAAUAAAACAUCAGUGUCGUCUUUGGAAACAACGUUGCUAUCUUCGGGCGAAAAAAAACCAACUACCUCUCUAAAAGCUGUAGAUUUGGAUUCCACAACGCUGACAAGUGAAACUAUAGAGGUGACUAAGGAUGCAAAAAUGAUUCAACAGAAUUAUUUAGAUGUACCGAACGAACGAAAGCACAAUCUUUCAAUUCAAAAUCAUCACCAAAUUUCAUCGACGAAAGUUUCAAAAAGUAAAGAAAAUAAUUUUAAACAACAAAAUUUUCACCUCCCUAAGCAAGCAAAAAAACAAAACUCGAUCGAAAAAAUAUUGCUCGCAAAGCUGCUAGAUCUAGUAAAAUCUAUGAGUAAGAAAUCAAUGAAACAGAAAGCCAUUCAGAAUCAAAAUUUAAAACACACCAAAUCCAGCCAAUCAAAUUCAAUUUCUAAAAGUCCUUCAACAAUAAACGAUGUCAAGGAUUCAACCUAUUCGAUAGAAACUAAAAUUCCAACUAAAGAACUCGACUCAAAAGUUUCAUCAUUUUACAAAAAUUUUUCACCAAGUAAAUCACCAUUAAUCUCAGACGUCAAUACGCCAUUAUGUGACGUCUCAGAAUCGUGCCUAAAGCCAUUAACAAUAGAUUUGACAACUACGAAAAUGUCUCAGACAGAUGUCUCAGCAGUUACUAAAAUGUCGCAACUUUUGUCAAUAAAUUCUGGACAGUCAUCAAUAGAAAAUUUAUCAAUAAAGUCUUCCGUACCAUCUGUAUCUACAUCGAGUUCUGUUACUACAAUCAAGAGGCCAAUAAGAAAAUCCACUAAUGAGGAACGCUUUGAUGAAAAUUUUUCAACGACGAACGUUAAAAAUGCAGAUGCUAUUAGCCUGCAAGGAAAGCAAAUUUGUGACGAUGAAGAUGAAAUUGUUGGAAAUGUUUCAGACACACAAACAAAACAACAACGUCAACAAUAUCAACAGCAACAUCAACACUAUCAACAACAACAACAACAUCAAUGCCAUCGUCAACAACAACAACAACGUCAACAACAACAUCAAUGCCAUAGCCAACACAAUCUAGCACAACCAACCAAACAACAUAUACAACAACAUCAGCAGCAAGAAAUACAGCAAGAAGAAAUAAACCAGGAACAAACAAAACAACUCAAUCUAAUAGAGUAUGACAUUAAUAGAGUAAAAAAAUAUUUAAAUAAAUGUCAAGAGUUUCAAGAAAACCAUGUAAUGUUACCUCAAAAUGAAUUGCCAUAUCUACAUUUGAAGCCCGAAAAUUCUCUCUUUCAUUCUCAAACUCUAUCACAAGUGACUACUAACUUACUAAAUGAAGAUUUAGAUGAAAAAACUAGUGAAAAAAUAGCUGAAAAUAGCGUCAAUGUAUCCAAAACGCCAUUAGCCACAAAUUCAGAAUCAAAAUUUGUUACUACAACCUCUGAUCAAUCGAGUCUCUGGGAGGUAAAUGAGGAUUUUGGUGGUACCUGUAAGAUAGAAAUUUCCAAUCUUGCUGGAGAAGAUAGUAGUCUAGAUGUCGCCAAACAGUCUUCGCUGCCAUCUCAAAAAAUUUCAAGGAAAAAAUCAGAAGACAGCAAUGAACGCCUGACUACAUCCUCGUCAUUAGAUAACAUCAAUUCGGACUCAAUAUUCUCCAGACAGACUGACGAAAUAAAGACAGGGGAAACAAUUAAUGCUGUGGAGAUUGAUGAAACUAUAAUACAUCAACAAGAUUUGCAGCAGUUACAGCAGCUGCUGCAUCCAACAAAUGAAGAAGCAAACUUUGAUGAUUUGUUGCAGAUAAAUAAGCAGCUAGAGAUAAACUUUCAACAAUUUCCGCAACAAAAUUAUACCCAUCAACAACAACUACAACAACUACAACUACUACAACAACAACAACUACAGCAACAACAACAACUAUUACAACAACAACAACUAGAACAUCAACAUCUACAACAUCAACAACUACAACAUCAACAACUACAACAUCAACAACUACAACAUCAACAACAGUAUUCACAGCUUUAUAACCAACAACUACAACAGCCCCAACAACAACUACAACAAUUAAUCGAAAUGUUUCAGAAACUUCAAAUUCAACAACAUUCGCAACAAUGUGAGCCAGUCGAAACCGAAAUACGUCAAAAAAUAAUUAAUAGUUGUACGUACAAUGGCAACCGACUAACUACACCACAACCAUCGCUAUUACCACAACAACCACAAGAACUAUCAUUACUACAGCCACAAAAGCAACAAACUACACAACAGCAACAACAAUUCUGCAUACAUCCACAAAUUGUAGAGCAACAAAGCCUACUAAAACCUAACGACCAACAACAACAACAACAAUUUAACACACAACAAAAUGUCCAACGAAACAUUACUGACGCUGAUUUGUCAACCAACUCCCAACAACUUUUACAACAAUCGCUGCUACUACUUCUGCAACAAAAACAAGAAAGACAACUUCCACAACCAGCAACUGACAACAUCCAAAAUAAAUCACUUCAAAGUCACAAACAAGAACAAACAAACAAGCAGCAACAGCAGCAGCAGCAAUCACAACAGCCACACACGCAACUACAAAACGACGAUGAAGCAAGACGGCUGAGUUAUCAUACUCAAGAAGGUCCAACAUCCAAACGGCAAUUUAUACCAGAGCAAAUGGACCAACAAAUUACCAGACAACAACAUUUGGAUCAGCCAAUAAACAGCAACCAACUAAAACAGGAUUCGGAGCAGCUAAAACUGACGCAACAACAACAACAGCAACAACAACUGCAACAACAACAACUGCAACCACAACUGCAACAGCAGCAACAACAACAACAGCAGCAACAACAGCAGCAACAACAGCAGCAACAACAGCAGCAACAACAGCAGCAACAACAACAUGGUCUCCAGCAUGAACAGCAACAACUAAAAAAUGAUAAAUCUUCUGUAGAAAUAAAACAAAUAAAUACCAUUCAUCAACAACAACCAAAUCCGUUAAGGCAGCCUAAUGAUCUAAAAGAUGACACAAAGAAUAUUGAAGUGGGAGCAUUGAGAUAUCAGGACAUAACAGAAAAACUAACACUACCGUCUUUGCAAGAACAACCAUUUCAUCGUGGAAAUUUGCAACAAGAACAUUAUAAUCACAAACCACAACAGCCACAACAGCAGUUACCACAUCCGCUACAAUUACCACAGCAAAAUAAUUUAUCGCCGUCACAAUCAACUCGAAAUAUACUACCACCAUCAUCGCCAACGGAAUCGUCGACCCUUUUAAAAAAACCACCAAGACCAAUUCAACCACCACCGACUCCAUCGUCAAUGAAGCAACGUCAUGAGCCUCAAAACGCACACGUUUCAAAUUUCAUUCUUUCAGAUUUAUUGACAGUAUCUUCAAAAUGUCCCAAAAUUUCAAAUGCUAAUGAACUACUAUUAACUUUGAAUGAUGCUGUUUGGUUUCAGAAUCCGUCAAAUUUUGUCAAAAAAUCUACAGACGUUGGGCAGAAAAAAAAGAAAAAAAAUAAACUCCUGACAAUAUUAAUAAGCAUAUUUAAACGAAAAAGCAAAGCAAAUGAUGGAUUUAAAACAUUGCAAUCACGCGGUGCAAAUUUGGAAUUGAAGAAACUUACAGCCUCCAACUUAGAAAGGGGCGAACAGGCGAACAAAUCAAAAGAAAUUAUACCUGAAAGUUUAGAUGAAGAAAUUAUUGACUGUCACAAAAAGCAGCGGCACAUCUUUCAAGACGAAGAUCCAGAAAGUAUUCCAACUUCAACGAAAAAAAUGAUUUCAAGACACGGGGACUCGAAGCACGCGCGCGGUGAAAAAUCAUUUUUCAAUCGUUUGCGCAAACUUCUCGGGCCCAAUGUACAAACUGAUCGUCGUAAAGAGAAGCAUAGAAAGGCGAAACGAGAACCAAAGCAGAAAAAUUUCAAAACUAUUUCUGAUAAUGUUAAAAAUGAUGUUCCGAACAACCAACUAAAUCGAAAGUAUGAAUUUGUGGAUAUGAAAGAAAGAAAAAAUCGUGAAAAGAGUUUAAAACUAGAGCCAUAUAGACAAAGUUCAAAUCAAAAAUUAAACCGGACACAACAACAUUUAUCUGAUAAAACCUCAAUACUACAACAACAACAACCUCAACAACAACAACAAUUACUACUACCCAUUUCUCACGAGACUACAAAAAUUUCAAGUACAUUUGCCAACAUGACACCAACAACUGCUGCAAACUCGUCAGCAACUUCCAUCGCAACAACGUCGACGUUUGCAACAACGACAGCAGCGACAACAUCCGAACACCGCCAACAACCAGAAACUUUACAAACGCCAUCAAAACAGACUUCGAAAUGCAAAUCAAUCCAAAUGAACACUGUCUCCACACAGACUAUAAACUUUCAAAUCGAGUCAGCAGCAGGUUGCAAUGCUCUUUUAGCCACAAAAUCGUCAACAAAGAUCUCAAAAAAUGCGAAAAAUGCAAAUCCAACUGCCAAAACUGCUACUUGCAAUUCCGACCUAACCCUUCGUCGCUCCAUUCUAAAAGUUGUAAGCCGCGGGAAAAAUGGAAAAACAUCGCCAAAAAAGAUGAUGAAUAAACUCCUCAAAAAAGAAUCAAGUUUGAAUAAGAAAACACUAGCAGAGAGAUUUCUAUCGGAAAUUUUCAAAUGUAGAAAUGAGUGCAAAUCAAAAAAUAUAAAUGAUAUUUACGAUCACGUGAGCAGCGACGUCAAACGCCGUGAGAACGGUAAACUUAUAAAGAAACGCAGACCUAAAAAUAUUGACCACAGGCAUUGCUACUCUGACAAUUUCUCAAAAAAUCUUAAAAAUUCCAGUAAAAACAAACUGAGAAAAUAUACUUCUCUUUCAUCCAUCGUCUUUAAAGUGCUGAUGAAAGAAUUCGAAACUCGUUUGCUCGCAUCCAACAAAGAUAAUGAUGAUGAUGAUGAUGAGAGUGAUGGUGACGACGACGACGACGACGAUGACACUAUCGUCAAUAGUAUAAACUCGAAAGAGAAAUUAGGCUCGGUAGACAAGCGGCAACAUCAGUUUCUAGAUUUUUCCAACGAGCGGCAGUUGCGUAGACUGCAUCAGCAGCAACAACGACAGCAUCAUCAACCACAUGACUGCAACCAAUUAACGUCAUCUCAAAAACAAUUUCAUUGGUGUGGCGGUUUGCAUGACUUGUCAAACAUCACUCCUGUAACUAACAACCAUCUAAACUUCAGACAGAACUUGAUUGAUUUUCAACAACGACACCAACAAGAGUUUCUGCAGCAGCAGCUACUCCAACAGCAGCAGCAGCAACAACAACAACAACACAUGCUUCAACAGCACUCCCAAGAUUUUCAAAAAAAUUGUCCAACUCAAUUUUUUAUUCCACAACAGUCAUUUUUUCCCAGUCAUCUUCCUUUAUACGGAUCGAACGAGUCUCCGUGUAUAACAAAUCAAUUUGAAUUUUUACAACAGCAGCAACCAUUUUUUCCUCAAAAUUUUUACAGCCAGCAACACAUUUUCAGCUGCCAGCAAGAUCACUUCUACCCCGAAACCCUCCAAUCAAACAACAUGAACGCAUCCAUUCCCUGUUCAGACACUCUCGAAAUUUUGUACCAGAGAAAUAAUGAUGAAGACUCGUUUUUGAAAUUUUCUCAAACAGUCGACAAAAUGACACAACGGCCUGCAUCUGUUAUGAAUAGCAACGAACGAUUGAACAACUCAAACCAGGGAUCAACAGGUGAAAAGGUAAAAAUACCCAACUUUGUGUCACUCUCUAACUCGAUUGAUUGUUCACUCCAAAGAAAUCCACCUCAAAGUUUACAAACUUUACCAAACUUUUCUAACAACAAAAUGAAAUCAAAAAACUUACACACCAACAAUCUGACUGCUGAUAACAAGACAAAAAUUUUGACAAAGGCGAGAAAAAACUUCUCACUAAAACUCCUAACCGAUGAAGCACUGGUGAACAAAAUAAACGUUAAAAAAUUAUUCACUAAAAGUUUAUUGGUCGAGCCGAGAGUUAUGAAAUAUUUCAGCAGCAGCAUUCAGAACUACUUGGAACAAAGGCUACAAAGUCGUCUCAGAAAGCAUAAAAAAUACCUUAACCUCUGCAUAAGUUUGCCAUUUCUGGCUAGUCUGAAUUUAGAAAAUGAGAAAAAGUUGCAUCAGCAAGUGGAAGAACGCCAAACAAAUUGCCUCGCCCAACAACUGAAGACCUCAUUGAUGGAAAGUAAUGAAGUUUCUCAGCCGAAUGAUUGUGAGAAUAUUUAUGCAGCAAAUGCAGCUGCUGCAUCCUCUUCACAGCUACAAGAGCAGCUACCACAUUCUUCUUACUACAACGACCAUUACUACAUCUUCUUUACUACAGUCACCACUAAAUUUGUUACCACAGCCUGA